GUGUUCAUGCAGUGCACGUACCACUGUUGAUGUUUAUCACCAAACGUUUCCAAAGGUAUAAUAGUACAAACAUUCAACUCAUGUUAUCAAGUUUCAAUGUGACUAUAAACUUUUAUGUUAUGUACUAUAACACUCAUUAACCGUGUAGACAAAUAAAAUCAACGGAUGAUAUAAAUAGGAGACGUUAGAAGCUCAGCUACAGUAAUCCUGACAAGCAUAGUGCUGGAAAAUACAUGAGUGGAUGUAUCACAAAGAUCUUGGUACUAAUACAACAUCACUAUUUCGACAGCAUAAAACGACCAAGGUUAUUUCAUUUUCUUCCAGGCAAUUAGUAACAAAGGAAUAACGGGAUGGACAGAUUGUUUGUCAUCGUUCUGUUUGUUGCUAUGGCAACCAUUACGACGGCAGCUCCUGUUAACCAGAGCACAAGUGUGGAAGUUAAAGAACCACCGCAGAACAUGUCAAGCGGCCAAAUAGACACGAUAGAGGGACCGAAAGAAGUAUCGAGUCGUGAAGGAGAGGAACCGAAACCGGUAUCGAGUGGUGAACAGGGGAAAUCGGAAGAAGUAUCGAGCGGUGAAAAGGCGGAACCAAAAGAAAUAUCGAGUGGUGAAGAAGAUGUACCGAAAGAGAUAUCGAGUGGUGAAGAAGAUGCGUCGAAAGAAGUGUCGAAUGGUGAAGAAGAAAAACCGCAAGAAAUAUCGAGCGGUGAAGGAGAGGAACCAAAAGAAAUAUCGAGUGGUGAAGGAGAAGAUCCGAAAGAAAUAUCGAGCAAUGAAGAAGGGGAACCGAAAGAAGUGUCGAGCGGUGAAGAAGAAGAAGAGCCGAAAGAAGUAUCGAGUGGUGAAGAAGAAAAACCGAAAGAAAUGUCGAGCGGUGAAGAAGAUGCGUCGAAAGAAGUAUCGAGCAAUGAAGAAGAUGUAUCAAAAGAAGUAUCGAGCGGUGAAGAGGAUAAACCGAAAGAAAUAUCGAGCGGAAAUGAAGUUGGAGCUAAGGAAAUAUCCAAUGGUGAAGGGUGGGUUUCGGAAGAGGUAUCGAGUGGGGAGAAAGGGGAACCGAAUGAAAUAUCGAGCGGUGAGGAACGGGAACCGAAUGAAAUAUCGAGCGGUCAAGAACGGGAACCGAAUGAAAUAUCGAGCGAUGAGGGGACUAUCAUUAAAGACAAUGACAAAGGAGAUGACGACACUGAUGAUGACGAUACCGAUGAUGAUGAUAAUGAAACUGAUGAUGAUGAUGACGAUGAUAAUGAUGAUGAUUAGGAUAAUUAGGAUGACGGUAAUGAAGCUUGAGGCAAAUCAUCAUGUACGUAGGGUUUUGCAAUAAAAAAAGGGAUGGAAAAUUUCAUGUUACACGUACGUAUGUAGUACAAGAAAAGAAAUGCUGGAUUAAUGGAGGUGUCUGAAAAAUAACUUUUUAUUUUUGUCCCUUAACUUUGAGAGGUUAAUCGUAGGACGUACUCUUAAAAAUGUUAGUACAAAAUUAAACCGAUUACAUUAUACAAGAAUAUCGAUAGAUAUAGAAGUGCUUGUCAAGAUAUAUGAUUUAAUUUUGAAUUCACUCGAUUUAUUUAUUAUUAUUUGUAAUUAUUUUGUUUCAGUUUUUAAUUAAUUAAUUGUAUAUCUAUAUUCGCAUUUUCGCUUUGCUUUCAAUGUUCCUCGCUUAUUUGAGUAUAUUGUCAUGAAAUAUGGCGAAUCAUUGUUACCGAAAUGAAGACUCGAAUUGAUAUUCCAAUUCAUGUCUGAUUUAAUUCAUUAUGAUCGCUAUACCUCCUGUUGUGUUGAAUUUGACGGAAGCAUGCAUUGUUGAACUCAAUACACGUUUUCAUACUAAUGUUUCACUCAGUGAUGCAAGUCAGAGGACGGCUGAAAUUGAAUUGAAAUGCUAGUGUUAUUAUAUAUGUGUACCCUUUUUCGAGGAAAUGUGUUUUUUUACAUUACACACUAUUGUUGAUAGAAAUUCGUACCUUUUUUGAUAAUAAAAAUGAUUACAACUACCUGAAUAUAAUUUCAUUUACUUGAACCGUUUGUCAGUUUCGUUGGAAAAGGAACGAAACUAGCAGUGAGAGAGAGAGUGAGAGAGAGAGGGGGAGAGAGAGGGGGAGAGAGAGGGGGAGAGAGAGGGGAAGAGAUGGAGGGAGAAAGUGUGCCAGAAAAAAGACGAGAAAUAGAGGGAGGGGGUAGAUGGAUGUUUAGAGGGUAAAGAAGGCUGAAAGAGAGAGUGGUUGCAACACUCGUCAGAAAAGUUUAACAUUCGUUCUUGCUCGCAC